UGUCAGUGUCAGUCUCAGUUGUCAAACUGUGAUUUUUGCCGUUAGCAUUUUCAAAUAAAAUAAAUUUGAAAAAUUAGUAAUAGCCUUCGUAAUUUAGUUCUUUGUCGUUAUUUAAUUUAUAUCUCAUGAAGUGGAUUUUAUGAGUCAUCUUUUGAUUUUUUGAAUGAAGUGCAUUAUCGUGAUUAAAAUAAUAUUUAAAAUACAGGAUACCUAACCUAAAACCGGUAUGGAAACUAAGAGCAAAAUAUUCUCUCAACGUUUAGUAAAAGCAGUAAUAUGGAACAUUUGUCUGCAAACUAUAUUAGCCAUAUUGUUGGUGUUUUUUAUUCAGAUUGAUUUGAUUCACCCUAUAACAUGGAUAACGUCAACAUUUAAUGAUAUAUUCAGUUGGAAGAUGAGUCUGAACAUUGUACUGCUUGGAUUAGUAUCAUGUUUUCAAGCUUACUUAUACGGAAGUCAAUAUUCGAUGCCAGUGCCCAAAUACUUCACUAGAAUCUCAAUGUUUCUAAACAUGUUCUCCUUGCAGAAUAUUAUAUUUAGCACACUGUACGCUCUGAAUGGAUAUUUUACUAUGAGCUUGUAUUCUUCACUGGCUAAAAGCAACUUUAAUGUUUUGAAGAAGAAAUGUGAAAACUAUGAUGGACAAUGCUUGAUAGAGCAAAGUUUGUUUUUGCAGAUUGGCGGGAUGUGGAUGGGAUUACAUUAUUUUACUAAAUCACAUUUGUUUGGAGCUGCUGUGUUGACAUUCCCACAUAUUUAUCAAGAGAAAUUUCAGCAAAUUAAACUUGUUAUAAGCAACAUUGUUUCUAUGGGGUUCCAGCAUUCCAUCACACCAGUGGCUUAUUAUUGUUUAUUCUACUUUGUAUGGGGCAAUAAACCAAGGAGUGUUGUUUCUGAUGUUUACAGUUUGUACUUGGAAGAUCCACCAUUAGACAAUAUUAUUAAUUUAAUAAGUUCAGGAAUAUGGAUUGGUCUCUGGUUUUAUGCUAGUCUAUUUUUCAUUUCAAUUUAUACAAUGAAGACUGUUUUCAAUGUAGUGCUUACGGAACCUAUGAAGUUUCCUAUAGAAUCUAACAAAGAUAUGACAUUGGCCACUGCACUGUCUGAAAGACUUCAGUUUACCAGUUACUUGGGGGCACUGGAUUUGAAGAACUUGUCAAGGACUGACCCUGCAAGAAGAGGUCAAAUCUUUACCCUCUCCCAGCCAGGCAGGCAUCCCAAGAACUGGAACAAUUUGUUAGAGAAAUGUUUGUACAUUAUUAAUGAAUUCAAUAAGGAGUUAGAAAGUAUCAACAGAGAUUCUUGUACUGUAGAUAAUGGUAUACAGAGUAAGGUUGGAUUCCCUAAAGUAGCACCUUCACCGACUCGGUAUACAGGAUCUCUACGAAAUAUGGCCUCUCCCCAACUGCUGGAAUUAAAAACUCAAAAUACAACUAUCGUUGACGAUACACUUGCUACAGCAGUAAAAGAUGAGUUCAACAGUUUUCUUCAGAAACUAUGCCAAAAACCAGGAAUAAGUUAUUUCUUUGGGGAGCUUGUGGAUACUAAAUUGAAAUUUAUUCUUAUCCAAGCGCAGCCAGUUAUGUGGACAUGUGAAGGUCUUGCUUAUAUUGUAUCAUCAUCAUUAAAAGAAGAUCAAUAUGGUAUUGUGCAACAUGACUUGCCUACAGUAUUAGCAGCAUUUGUUAGUCUUAAACAGAACUUAGAUAAAUUGACUAAACCUGGUCUUGUACCUAGAAAGCAUAUUCUCAAUGAUGCACUUGCAAUAAAAAAUAGAUCAGCUCUGUUGUCAGCUGUUAAAAGAAGUUUAUAUAAAAUUGUACUUACUUUUUCAAAAUACAUUCAUGAGAUACCAUUGGAUCCUGAUGUUUUAACAGCCAUUCAACCAUUUAUAUUGUGUAAAGAACCAUGAUUGUGAUAUUUUGUAAUUUAAUAAAUAACUUUUAGUAAU